CACUAUACAAUAAUAACAAUAAUAAUAUUAAUAACGCUGAGGUUGGCUCUACCGCACCUCCAAAGGUUCUCUCCAAUUUCUCUUUGUUCUAGCAUGGUCAAAGUUUCCCUUUUGCAAAUAGAACUCAACUGGCACAGCUGAUCAAGUGUACCUGCUUGUUGAUCCUGUCAAGUCUUCAUCAGAUGAUAGGCCUGAUUCCUAUGAACACUAAUAAUCUUAGUUCUGAGACUACCAUGCUUCUCCCUGGUGCCGCAGGCAUCAAGAAGUAUGGCACAAGACAAGUCUCUGAGAACUACAUAAUUCAAAAUUUUGGCCCUAGACUCUUGCACAAGCAAUCCUUGCACUUAUCAUGGGUCAGGAGAGAUGGAUCACUGCGCGGGCUUGUAUGCAAAAGCACAAAAUAUCUCAGAAAUGUGGAGAGGAAUAGAAGUCUAAAAGUGAGUGGAUUAACAGAAGAGCAGGAAGCUCUAGUCGUCAAAUCAUGGAAUUCAGUGAAGAAGAAUAGUGGAGAAUUGGGUCUAAAAUUCUUCAUUAAAAUCUUUGAGAUCGCACCCUCUGCAAAGAAGCUGUUCUCAUUUUUGAAAGACUCAGAUGUUCCUCUGGAGCAGAAUCCAAAGCUUAAACCUCAUGCCGUUACCGUCUUUGUUAUGACCUGCGAAUCAGCUGUGCAGCUUCGGAAGGCAGGCAAGGUCACUUUGAAAGAGUCCAGUCUGAAAGAUUUAGGAGCAACUCAUUUCAAAUAUGGGGUUGUUGAUGAACAUUUUGAGGUCACUAAGUAUGCAUUGCUUGAAACUAUAAAAGAAGCAGUGCCAGAAAUGUGGUCUCCUGAGAUGAAGAAUGCGUGGGCAGAAGCUUAUGAUCAGUUGGCUGCUGCUAUAAAAAUUGAAAUGAAGCCUCCUUCAUGAACUCCUUGAGCACUAGAGAGGGAGAGACAAGAUGUCUGAUAAUCACUUUUAAAAAGUUGAAAGUGUUUCUUUUUUUCAAAAUAAGGAAAUUUUUUAUGAUCAUGAUCAUAUUUUUGAUCUUUUGUUGUUCUGCAAAUCUGGAUCUGCAAUAAUAGUUUUGUUUGAAUACAGAA